AUGGCAGCUCCUACACAUCCAGACCCCAGAAUCGGCGUCGGUGUCUUUGUCACCAACGCCGAGGGGAAGUUUGUGCUGGGCAAGCGAAAGGGAAGCCACGGUGCCGAUACCUGGGCCCUUCCCGGCGGCCAUCUUGAAUUCGGCGAGUCGUUCGAAACCUGCGCAGAGCGGGAGAUUCUCGAAGAGACGGGACUGAAGAUCCGCAACAUCCACUACUUGACCGCGACAAAUACCGUCUUUGUGGCCGAGAAUAAGCAUUACGUGACUAUCUUUAUGGGCGCGACGCUGGAGAAUGAGCAGGACCAGCCCCAGGUGCGUCUCAUCUAG